AAAUAAUAUUUAAAUAAAAACAAUGACUCCAACCCCUUUGCCGAUAGUAUCCAUCACCGGCGUGAAACUUUUAGUGCCUGUCACAGAUUGCACAGUUUUGUCUGAUGAAGAAAACAAAAAGAUAUUUGGAAAAUGCAACAAUCCAAAUGGGCAUGGACACAAUUAUGUUGUCCUGGUAACAGUGAAGGGUCCUGUAGACCCUUCAACUGGCAUGGUGAUGAAUGUACAUGACCUCAAAGAGUACAUUAAGGUUGCCAUCAUGGACCCACUUGACCACAAGAACUUGGACAAAGAUGUUCCAUACUUCAAGAAUGUGGUGAGCACAACUGAGAAUGUGGCAAUCUACAUUUGGGAUAGACUCGUGAGUGUGAUGGAGAAGCCACAGUUACUUCAUGAAGUGAAGAUAUUGGAGACUGAGAAGAACCACAUAGUGUACCGUGGUGGUAGCACCUACCCCCGAAAGAAGUUUGAUGCGUCCAAGGUACAUCCCAAUGUCCAACAUAAUGUGUCUUCUGACUCUGACUAAUUUUUAUCCAAGAAUUUAUAUUGACAAAAUUAUAUUUUAUAAUGUAUUGCAAAUGUUAUUGACAAUAUUUAUGGAUCUGAAUUUAUUAUCAUGUUAUUGAAUAAACAUUCCAGCUUAUUUUUAUA